GGGAGCCAAGGAGAGAAUCCGAAUCGAAUAGUAAAACUUCACUCUAUGAUUGCAGAUCUCAAUUAUUUCUUCCCCCAUUUGUAUCUUUCAACAAUUGUCUCUGUACAUCUACUUCUCAGUUUCAGUUCGAGUUUGAAGUCAUUACAAUCUCUCCCAGUCUCUCUGUUUCCAUUCUCGAAGCCAUUUUGGAAAAAUUAAUUAGAGUACUGGAAUCAUAGUCAUGGGAAGUAAAUCAAGUAAUAUAGGUGAAACUAGUCUGGAUCAUGAUUGGACUUCCAUUGAUAAAGACAAAGAUAUUGUUGUUCAAGAAUUGGAAAUCAGCAUUAUAGCAAAACUAAACGGGGAUUCACCAAUGUCUCGUACAAGCUGCAUCUUCAGAGUUCCCCAGGUGCUUCGGAGACAGAACCGAAAGGUAUAUCAACCUGAUGUUAUUGCAAUCGGACCCUUGCAUGAUCGAAGCAGUAAACAAUUUCAACACAUGGAAAAUGUGAAACGCUGGUAUUUACAUCGCAUUCUCAACUCGGGCAGGAACAUCAGUUUGAAAAUGUUGAUCGAAGCCAUUCUUAAGGUUGAGAAACGGGCACGUGAUUCUUAUGCAGAACCGCUUGAUCACAUCAACCAGAAUGACUUCGUAGAAAUGAUGAUAAUGGACGGUUGCUUCCUAGUUCAGCUGUUCAGAAAGGCUUACUAUAAUAUGCAUGACAGGAAUGAUCCCAUAUACAGCAUGAAGCACAAUUCUGAGUAUGCUAGUACUAUUACUGAUGAGAGUGAUCAUGAAUUGGGUAUUUCACAUGAUCUGGUAUUCAACUUAAACUGUCCGUUUCAAUAUCUUUGCCAUGAUCUUUUGCUGCUUGAGAAUCAAUUACCUUGGUUUGUUAUUAAGUGCUUAUAUAGCAUUCUGGUUGCGGACAAGUACCCUGUUAAGUUUUCCCUCAAAAGUCUCGUACUCUCUGUCUUCUCCUCACUACCAGUGCUUCGCCAUCCACAGAUCUAUCGUUUUCAGUGUGAAAUGGAUCAGCGUAAAAUUCUGCACAUACUUGAUCUGAUAAGAACUUCACUUAUUUACGAAUUCAAAGACUAUGAUGAUGAUCAGUUUUCUUCCUGCCUCCCGGAUAAACAACUAAUGCCUUGUGCGACAACUCUUGCACAAGCAGGUGUUCAGUUCUCCAACAUGGACUAUAGUAUAAUGAACAUAACUUUCAGAGACAAGGUUUUCAUAAUUCCACAGAUAGCAAUCGGAGAGUCUACAGAAUCAUUAUUCCGCAAUCUCAUUGCCUUUGAGCAAUGCUACCCUGGUCAUUCGCAUAUGGUGACAUCCUAUGUUGUCUUCAUGGAUCAACUCAUCGCUUCUAGCAAGGACAUGGAUUUCCUCUCAGAGAAGAGAAUAAUAGCUAAUUGGCGGGGCAGUGAUGAUUCUUUCCAGUUUUUCAACAAGCUUCAUGAGGGCACCUCGCUCAAAAAGUUUCACUACCAUGGAAUCUGCGCCAAAGUGAACGAAUAUUACGCAAAGGACAAGUGGCUGAAUACAAUAAUGCGUGAGUUUUCAACGGUAGAGAAAUUGAAGCGUGAUUAUUUAUCUAAUCCAUGGAAAGUUAUUUCUGUGAUUGCAGCAAGUAUCCUUCUGUCUCUCACUGUUGUGCAGACGGUGUAUACUGUAUACCAUUAAGCAAUAUUAUUACGUUGGUUAAUGUGUAAUCUAAGCAGUUGAAUUACUCUGGGAUAAUUUUGCAGGAACCUUAUGUUAUCUUCUUCUUUCUUUUUUUGUCUUUUCAUUUUGUUGAAGAAUAUUAACAUUGGUGUGCCUUAUCAAACUAGGAUUAGUUCUAUGAUUGUAAUAGGAGAGAAGGUUCUAGAGUUUCUAGUCCUAUUCGAAAUAGUUUUCCUUGUAUCAUUGGAAUAUGUACUUUGUAAUCCCUAUAUAUAGGGCUCCUAUUAUCAAUAGUGGAAUACACAAUUCUCUCA